AUGGGUUUUUCGCGCUUCUAUGGAACUUCCAAGCAUGUUAAUAUUAUUCCUGGUGAUGGCAGCUUGAGUGAUGAUGAUAUUUCUUUUAAUAGUGAUGAUGAUUUUGAACCUAAUUCCAUUCGUCAACCUCACAAAAGUCGUACUGUUAUCUCUGAGUCGGAAUCUGAUUUCUCUGAUGUUGAGAAUGUGCCAUUAUUAAAUUCACAAACUGCAUCUACAUCUAAAGCUAAGGGAAAAAGUGCUAAAAAAGACUGGUUUAUUUGGAAAAAGGGGAAAAUGCCAGCUUCUGACAGUGACAACUUUAAAUUCAAAGGUAACUCAGAAUUACCGGAGGCAAUAAUGCAGUUAGACACAUCAGCAGAGGUUUUUCAGUUCCUAUUCACAUCUGAUAUGAUAGAUUUUAUUGCUGAGCAAUCUAACCUUAAAUCUAUUCAAGAGAAUAUAGACAAACCAGUAGGGAUUAGGAAAGAAGAAAUUGAACAAUUUAUUGGCAUCGUGAUCUUCAUGUCUUGUGUGAAAUUACCAGCUGCAAGGAUGUACUGGACGAAACAUGUUGGACAACCGCAGGUUUACGAUGUAAUGACGUGCAACAGAUUCGAAGCUAUUAAAAGAUUUUUACAUUUUAAUAACAACGAGAACUUUAUACCUCGCGACAAAGAUGGGCAUGACAAAUUAUUUAAAAUCCGGCGUAUCUUGGAUAUGAUUCGUAAGCGUUUGAUGUUAGUCCCUAAAGAAGAGUUUUUGUCCGUGGACGAACAAAUAAUUCCUACUAAAUGUCGUCACGAAUUGAAGCAGUAUAAUCCUGCAAAACCGAAUAAGUGGGGUUACAAAAAUCAUGUCCUAAGCGGGGUAUCAGGUUUUAGCUAUGAUUUUGAAAUCUUUGCUGGAAAGCAAAGCAAUUCUCAUCCGUCAGAUGCGCCUGAUCUUGGUGUCAGUUCAAAUGUCGUUACUAGAUUGACCUCCACAGUUCCGCGACAUCGAAACUUUAAGAUUUGUUUCGAUAACUGGUUCAAUAGCCCGCGACUUCAAGUUUAUUUAUACAAAAAUGGAUUACUGCCUUUAGGAACUGUGAGACUCAACUGUGUGUUAAACUCAAAUAUGCCCACUGAAAAGGAGUUGAAAAAACGAGGACGAGGAAGCAUGGAGGAGAAGAUAGCAGUUAUAGAUAAUGUGAAGCUAAGUUUAGUGUCCUGGUUUGAUAACAAGAAUGUGAGUUUACUUUCAGCAUAUGUGGGAAGCGAGCCGACAACAACAAAACGUCGUUAUGUUCGACAUGAAAAAAAAUACAAAGACAUAUCUUGUCCCCAAGCCGUCGAUGUUUAUAACCAGCACAUGGGUGGAGUCGACUUGCUUGUUUCGGUUUGCUCGGUGACUACAGAAUUCAUUUACGAUCUCGUCAGUGUUUCUGAACACUUGCGUAAGGUAGGUAGAGCUCACAUACCAAAUAAACGUGGACGUCGACCAAGUAUUCUUGGAGCACCAACAUCGAGCCGAGGUGAUACUCCUAUGAGCUUGCCUAAUUCUCCAAUACCUACAAAAAAGCCUCGAAAGACUCCAGUCAGGCAUCAAGAUAUACCGUUGGAUUCGACGAUAAUGGAGUAA